GUGACAACUGUAGCUAGCAGAGGAAAGAGCAGCUGUUGGGGAGAACACGUUUGUGUCCAUGGCUGUCAUCAAUAAAAGGAGGAUAAAAGCAGUGAGUCCAGGAAACUAAUGUGGUCUGGUUCUGAGCGCCGGAGGGUUGAGGGGCCACUUCAGGAGGAACAUGCCUGGAGGCUUUCCAAGGCUCUGAGGCCGCCUUCAGUUCUUGGACUAUCAGAGUGAACUUCCAUGCUGAGAAAUGCCAACAAGCAGCUACGGAGCCCUCCUGCUUCCGGCGCACGCGCGAUGGAGCCGAGGCGCUCGGGCCAGGCCAGGCCAGCGGAGGCGUCAGGCGCUCGGAGGUCACGCGCCCAGGGCGGCGGCGCGCACGCUCGGCCGACGCGGGGUCGGGAGCCACGGGGAUCCCAGGGAACCGUGCAUGGCGCGCGCAGGGCGACGCGGAGCGGGCUGGUGCUGGGCGCUGGCGCUGCUCGGGCUGGCGGCGGCUCUGGGCGCGUCCCCGACGUCGGGGCGCCGCUGGCCGGUGCCCUACAAACGCUUCUCUUUCCGUCCGAAGCCAGAUCCCUACUGUCAAGCUAAGUAUACCUUCUGUCCUACUGGAUCACCCAUCCCAGUUAUGAAGGACAAUGACAUCAUCGAAGUCUUAAGACUACAAGCCCCUGUUUGGGAAUUUAAAUAUGGAGACCUCCUGGGACACUUUAAAAUUAUGCAUGAUGCCAUCGGCUUCAGGAACACGCUGACAGGCAAGAACUACACAAUAGAAUGGUAUGAGCUUUUUCAGCUUGGCAACUGUACCUUUCCUCACCUCCGACCCGAAAUGGACGCUCCGUUCUGGUGUAACCAAGGAGCGGCCUGCUUUUUUGAAGGAAUUGAUGAUCAACACUGGAAGGAAAAUGGGACAUUAGCUGUAGUCGCGACCAUGUCUGGAAACACAUUUAACAAAAUGGCAGAGUGGGUGAAGCAGGACAAUGAAACAGGGAUUUAUUAUGAGACAUGGACGGUCCAGGCCAGCCCAGGAAAAGGGGUGGAGACGUGGUUUGAAUCCUACGACUGUUCGAAAUUUGUGUUAAGGACGUAUGAGAAAUUGGCUGAAUUUGGAGCAGAAUUCAAGAAGAUAGAAACAAACUAUACAAGAGUAUUUCUUUACAGUGGAGAACCUACUUAUUUGGGAAAUGAAACAUCUAUUUUUGGGCCAAAAGGAAACAAGACUCUCGCUUCAGUCAUAAAAAAAUUUUAUGACCCCUUCAAACCACGUUUGUCAACCAAAGAAUUUCUGUGGAGUCUCUUGAAAGUUUUUGAUUCAGUGAUUAUGCACAGAGAGUUCUACCUGUUUUAUAACUUUGAAUAUUGGUUCCUACCUAUGAAAUUCCCCUUUGUCAAAAUAACAUACGAGGAAAUCCCUUUGCCUACCAGACGUCCACCCCCUGACUCGUGACACGUUCACUCCACUGCUCUCUCCAGCCACCCGCACCCAUUUUCUUCCAGGGCUGUUUUUACACUUGUGUCUAUUCCCACUUUUCCUCCUUGGGGCAGGAGGGUGACAUGCUUGCUCCUUGUUGGAAGUACAGUACACUGACUGGCAUUUCAAGACUCUUGGAAAGAAGCGGAAACCAUCAUUGUAGUGGCCAAAGUGUUCGAAUGCGUUGAGAUCUCGAUCUUAUGGAGAAUUGGUUGAUCUCAGCUAUGGAGGUCUUGAUCCCAAUGCUGACAUUUUUCUGGGGUUCCCUUUUCUGGUACAGUAGUGCUGCUUCUUAGUUGAAGGGCUUUUUGGUUAUCUAAAGAAUAGUUAUUUUUAUAGUUAUUACAACGUUGGGGUCCAGGUCUAGUCGGCUGCUUUCUAUUCACAUAACCUUAAGGACUUGUUUGGACUCCACUGCUGGAGCAGUGUGUCUGGACAUGGUAAAUACAGUAUUAAAGAGCAGAUUUUCUGGCCACCAAUUCAGAAUCGGCUGGCAACUAGCUGGCCACUGGCCAUUAUGAUAUAAGCAACCCGUACUACUUAAAACCUGUAGAUCUGUGUCUUUGCCUCUAAAAUGAUUCAUCUUCUGGGAAUGUGGAGAUUGAGGGCACCUAUGUUGGCACAGGAAGGGCACACUGAAUGCAUAUAUGAACUCAGGACUGUUGGGAUUAAAAAAGCACAAGCUGUCAUGAUCUUGCCUGCUGUAGAUUACAGGCUGUCAGUUCCUGUGUCUUGGAAUCACUGAGACUUUGAGCUGACAGUACAUAGUGCUUCAGCAGUUUUUCAGUACAGGUCAUCGGAGUAUCUGGCUGCAGACAUGGCUAGGUGAAAUGUACUUCUGACUUCCUGUGUGUGCCCUCUGGUUCUUCACCCACUAACAAGGCUAGCAUAGUAGAAGAGGGUACACUUUCCUGGAAAGGAUAGGAUUUUGUCAAGGACCUUCAAUUCACUAUGCUUGUAUUAGGGGCAUUAGACAAGCUCUUAAGGUCCUGUAUUUAUCAGCUGAACCCAUUUUUUUUUCUUUUGUUCUUUUCCCCAUUCAUAAAUCACACUAGCACAAUAAUGGAAAAAAGUCUGUUUAAUAUGCAAAUGAUACUCAAUUUCACCUUUAGUGCUUCUUGAGAGGUUAGUACACUAUUGUUGAGCUGUCAUAAAAAGCCUCAUCGUACAUAUCUGCUGGCCCAGAUGUGUUAAGUCAGGGCUUAGCAAGGUUAAGUGACCUGGAAUUGUGUUUUCACUCAAGUUAUGCAAAAUGAUGAUUCACUGGCUGCUUUUCAGCAGUAUUCAGAUUGUGGCCUUUAGACCAGUAUCUGUGCACCAAAUGUUACCGGUCUGUUAUUUCUGUUCAGUCUAAUAAAAACAAAUGACAAAAA